AGCUCCCCGCACCCCAUCUCUUCCCUCCGCACCCCUGGGCGGAUUCGCAUCGCCCUGGCCCGGCUCCCGCAGCCCCUUCCCGAACAGCGGGGGGCUGCUGGCCCCGAGGACCCAGGACCUAGGUGUCCCUCGAACUUCAUUUGAAAGGGACCGGGUGGGCUGAGAGGCGCGAACCAGGACCAGCUAUGGACCCUGUGAGUCAGCUGGCCUCGGCGGGCACCUUCCGGGCGCUGAAGGAGCCCCUCGCCUUCCUGCGGGCGCUGGAGCUGCUUUUUGCAAUCUUUGCAUUUGCAACAUGCGGUGGCUAUUCCGGAGCCCUGCGGCUGAGUGUGGACUGCGUCAACAAGACCGAUAGCAACCUCAGCAUUGAUGUAGCAUUUGCUUACCCAUUCAGGUUGCACCAGGUGACCUUUGAGGUGCCUACAUGUGAGGGAAAAGGGCGGCAGAAGCUGGCACUGAUUGGCGAUUCCUCAUCUUCAGCAGAGUUCUUUGUCACCGUGGCUGUCUUUGCCUUCCUUUACUCCUUGGCUGCUACUGUCGUUUACAUUUUCUUCCAGAACAAGUAUCGGGAAAACAACCGAGGUCCACUCAUUGAUUUCAUCGUCACUGUAGUGUUUUCAUUCUUGUGGUUGGUGGGUUCAUCAGCGUGGGCGAAAGGACUAUCAGAUGUCAAGGUCUCAACAGAUCCCAAAGAAGUAUUGUUACUGAUGUCAGCUUGCAAACUGCCCUCCAACAAGUGCAUGGCUGUCCACAGCCCUGUCAUGUCCAGCUUAAACACUUCCGUGGUCUUUGGAUUCUUGAAUUUUAUCCUCUGGGCUGGAAACAUCUGGUUUGUUUUCAAGGAGACGGGUUGGCAUGCCUCAGGACAGCGAUAUCUCUCAGACCCGAUGGAAAAACACUCAAGCAGCUAUAAUCAAGGCGGAUACAACCAAGAGAGCUAUGGGUCCAGUGGUGGUUAUAGUCAACCAGCAAAUUUGGGGCCAUCCUCUGAUGAGUUUGGGCAACAGCACAGUGGCUCUGCUUCCUUAACCAAUCAGAUUUAACAGGGUAGUAUUUGCAUUCUUUGGAAGAUAGUCUCACCACUUUCCAUUUCAGUGGCAAAGAAUUUUUUAAGAGUUUCGAUCAAUUAUUAAAGCAGAGGGUGUUGAAUGUAAAUCACAGAUCUGUAGUCCUCAUUAAAGCAGAAAGGUCCGGUCAUGAUAAAUGAUACUUAGAGAUAAAAUGACAUGAAGAGAUAUAUUAUUCAUCAUAGAUGGCUAAUUGGAGAGUCCCUUGUUAUAUAUAGAUACUUUUAUGGUCAUUUUGUAUGUGUAUUGAGGUAGUAGAAGCAUUUUGUAGUUUAAAAUUCCCAGUAUGUAAUAUGCGAAAACUAAAUAGCAUUGGAUUUUCCUAUGCAUUUUGAUGCAAAGAUGUUUAAAUGAUUUCUAUAAGACAAUUCGGAGUAGCACAACUUGCAUGUUUCAUUAUUUUUAGCUGCAGGUCCUAAAGGACUGUGAGUUGAAGUAAUUCUUUCCACAAUUAUCCUGUGUUUUUUAAUCUGAUAAAUUAAUGCUCAUGAUUUAGUGCAUGAAUGAGAAUUUUCUCACAAAAUGAAUAUUUGAAUUGUAUUUCUGAACAUUUUCCAGUUUGCAACAUGACUUUGUUAAAUGAAUGUUUGAAAAAAAUAUGUUCACUACUUUGUAUACUUGCAAAUUUGUCUCUCUGCCUCUACGCACUUGUGAAUGCAUUGUAACUAAGGUUUGGGGUUUUUUUCCCUGUUAGAAUAUACUUCGUGCUAUACUUGUAAUUGCCCAAUAUUUAUUCUAUUUACUUAGCUAAAAUUUACAAUCUUGUAACUUUCUAUGGUGUUUUGUGGCUCUUAUCUUACAGUCUAUAUGAAACAGUUUUAAAAACUGUAUUUAAAGAGUGUUGAUUUCUUAGAAUAAGGGAUAUACAGAUAUCAGACACCACAGUCAAAAUGUUAUCAUACUUAAUUAUUAAUUUAUAAUGGAUACUUAUAAUGGUAAAUUAAAUUAUUAAUUUGUAUGGGAUACUUAUACAUAAUCUACACUGCAAGCUAAAACACUGUUUUUUUUAUAAAGUUAAUAUAUUCCUUGAUUCAACUGUGAAAAAUUCUCAAGUUGCUCAACUUACUAAUUACUAAUUCUUACUGAAGUGUUACCCAUAAAUUAAAAACGACUUUCAUGAUCCAGUCUGUAUCCCAAAGCAGGUGCUUAUGAAAUAUUCCCCAGAAUAUACUCAUUAUUAAGAAAAUGCCAAUCUUCACUGCUUUGUUUUAAUUCAAUUGAAACACCAGGUCCCAACAAUGAGAGAAAGCUGAAUAUCUGUAUUUCCAGAUAAAAAGUCAUUGAUAUAUACUAAUUCAUUGUAUAAUCUAUAAUGUUGAAAGCAUUUAGCACAAGAUACCCUGUGUCUUAGCUGAUGUCUGUGACCAGUUUCUGGAUCCUAUUGGAUAAAUCUGUAUUGUGAUAUUUAUUUGAUCUUAAUAAAGUUAUUGCAUACAAUA